AUGUCGGUCCCUACUACGCCAAGUAAGCGAGGUGAUUAUAGCUACCCAUGUUCAUCACCUUCUUUAAUUCCUUCGCCUAGAAAUACCUUAAGGUCGCCCAAGUACCAGCCUCGAUCAGAAGACAUUGAUGAUAACCGUAUAAAGGUGCUUAAUCCUGUGGAUACGAAUCAACUCAGUCGCCAUACUAAACCACAACACAAAGAAUCACGAAGUCAUCAUAUGACACAUUUCUAUCAUGAUAACAUCAAGCAGUUGUCCUAUUUGCAGGAUGAAUUGAUGCUGAAGAAGCAAAAGCUGGAUCUUUUGAGAGAUGAAAUGCUGUGUACACGCUCUAAAGUUGAGAUGUUACAGUUGAAGGUUGAUAGGUUAAAGGAAGAAAAGCGUGCAAAGGAGCAGCAAAUUCUUUUGAAAGAGAAUGAAUUAAACUGCUUAAAAGAUGAUUCGGAAACUAAGAAGAAGUUCAUGAUUCAGGGGCACGAUUUACAACUACAACAGGUCCGCACUAACAAAGAAGCCAAACUAAAUACGAUGGAAUCAGGUUAUAGAAGCAAGUGCGAGGAAUUGAAAUUCAAGAAAUUGCAAAAGUAUCAGGCAGAGAAGGACAAUCUGAUUGGUAGUAUAUCAGAAUUGAAUGCCAAUAUUGAAGAUAAUGAAAAACAGGUGCAGAAGAUGUUGCAAGAAAGCGAAGCGCGGCAUAGAGAAACAAAAGAACUCUGGCUACGGAACUUCCAAGAUGAUUGGAAGCACUUAAUAGGAAAGAAAGAUGCUGUUAGCGAAGCGCUCUCAGUCUUAGCUCAGAGAAUUAAAGAGGAAUUGGAGCCGGAACUACAACAAGAAAAGGAUUCCUUAAAAUCUUUAAAAUCCACACUAGCUGAGAUUGUCAAAAGAGUUUCAAAGCAGAAGACAAUCUCAUUACAAAAACAGGAUGAGAUAAUAGUCUAUACCAAGGAAAUUCAAAAAUCUCAGCGUCAGCGCUUAAAACUGAAUGAGCAAAUUGAAACCUCACAGACCGAGAUAGAGGAAAUUAAGGAGAUUUUGAACAAGGAAGAGAGCAUGAGGCGAAAAUUACAUAACGAACUCCAAGAACUACGUGGGAAUAUAAGAGUAUAUUGCAGAAUACGGCCGCCACUACCAUGUGAGUCGGGAGAUGUCUCCCAUUUUAAUAUUGAAAAGUUUAAUGAAGUAAAAGGACAACAGACUUUAACCAUAACACGAGAAGCAUGUAGGAGCUCAUCUCAUAGCUUCCAUUUUGACAAGAUAUUUUCUCCCGAAACGUCUAAUAGUGAAGUGUUUCAAGAAAUUUGUCAAUUGGUGCAGAGCUCUUUGGAUGGUUAUAAUGUUUGCAUUUUUGCGUAUGGUCAAACCGGAUCUGGAAAAACCUACACUAUGCUAAAUCCAGGGGACGGAAUAAUCCCACUGACACUUUCUCACAUAUUUAAGUGGACUACAGAUUUAAUUGAGCGUAGUUGGGAGUAUGAGAUGGAAUGUGAAUAUGUGGAAAUAUAUAACGAAGCAAUUCUUGAUUUAUUAAGAGACUAUCACAAUCCAGAUUCCACGGAUGAGUUGCUGGAGAGCCAAAAGCAUGAAAUAAGGCAUAACCAUGAGAGGCAAGAAACAUAUAUAACUAAUAUUACUAAGGUAAGGAUGACUUCAAGAGAACAGGUUGACAGUUUGCUAAGAGGGGCUGCGAGAAUGAGAUCGACGGCAUCUACACGUUCAAAUGAGAGAUCUUCCAGAUCACAUAGUGUCUUCACUGUACAUAUAAAGGGCCACAAUACACAGUCUGAUGAGCUCACUCACGGCAGGCUCAAUUUGGUUGAUUUAGCUGGUUCGGAACGGAUUAACUCAUCGCUUGUUGUUGGUGAUAGAUUAAGAGAAACCCAAAAUAUUAAUAAAUCAUUAAGCUGCCUAGGGGAUGUAAUUUACGCAUUGAAUUCUCCUGAAGGUACAAAACGUCAUAUACCCUUCAGGAAUUCUAAAUUAACAUAUUUAUUACAGUACAGCUUAAUAGGUGAUUCGAAGACAUUAAUGUUUGUCAACAUUCCAUCAGACCUGCAUCAUAUUAAUGAAACCUUAAAUUCAUUAAGAUUUGCUUCAAAAGUUAAUUCAACUAAGAUGAAGAAGGCAUGA